AGUGGUGAUGGAAUCUAUAACUUCCCAUGGAAAAAGAAGUCUGUCAUCAAGAAGAAGAAGCUGGCCGCUGAAGUCUAGAAGGUAAGAGAGGAAGUGUUGGUGACCACAGACCGCACUAAAGUGGGUUCAGUCCAAACAAAAAAGCGAAUAUUUGUUUUAUAAAAGAUGUGAAAUGCUCCCCCUCACCGUCAGUGUGGGCGGCAGGGUUGAGACCAGGCUUGUCCCUGUGACUCACCAGCCACACGUCAGUCAGGGUUGUCAGCUGAACCUGGUGAAUAAAAGCCGUGAGCUCCCAGAGGUCCCGAACCAGUCGCAUCUUAAUAGCAACGUGACGGAUGAAUGAGGCGUUCAGGGUCUGGCAGGAGUGCAGGUGUCACCUGCGGUUGAAGAGCAGAGGCAGCGUUCUAAUCACACGCCAGGUCCGCCCGCCCGAGGCCACGCCAGCUAUUGUUCAGCCAUCACACACAGCACCUUUCUUCCAUCUCAGGUUCCACUCCAGCACUUUCAUUUAUGGAGCCUGACAGAUCUUUCUCCGCAGCUCACUCGGCUCUGAAAGCUCCGCACCCACACAGCCCACUCUCAUCUCUCCCAUACGAGGAAGAAGGAAGUUUUGUCUUGAUUUCCGCUCACCAAUCCUCUGGGUGCUUUUCUGUCAGGCCCAUUGAAAUGAUGUGCGAUGUGUUCAGGUGUCAUCACUGGUCUCCAGUUGGUGUCCAGGUCGCUUGUUUCACCUCAGAAUCAGAGCCAUAGAGAAGUUCUCUCGUGCCACCAACAUGUUCCUUGAGGCCCUUGGUCUCUGCAGCCUGCCUCGAUGGUCUGACACGUGACUAUCAGGGAAGCAUGUUUGAUCCUUCAUCCUCUGCCAGGCCCUGGUGCAGCAGCUCUGGUUACACUCUAUUAACUGUCCUUGAAAGUUUAUUGUGGAAUCUGCGGUAGGAAAAUCCGUCUUUGUUUUCCCACUCCAUCCCCCCAGGCCACAGAGAACCCCAGGUCUGCAGUCGUGAGUAGGAGUCUGUGCGACUGGACCAAACCAGCGAAGUGAAUACAAAGAAAAUGGAGCUCCAGGUGAUGGAUCAUGAUCAUGACGAUGCCGUUCUACUGAAUAACAAACAAUUUGUUUUCCAAUAACAGCAGUGUUGUUAAUUACGGUCUCAGGAAAUUAGCUUCUGAUAGAAUUUGUGCUGCCGACGGUGUUUGGGAGACGAACUUCCGACCAGGCAAUUUCAGGAAAGUCCGUUCAUCUCAGCACAAAGUUUCAUAGUUGUGAUAAAAACAUCCGGCAGUCUUCUCUGACUAAGUAAACAUGACGCCAACCAGAGCAAAGUUCAGGUGCUCCACAGAGUCAGUCAGCGCUGUCUCACCAUGGAUUCUCUGGAUGUUGAAGACAACAUUUACCCCAGUGACAGCUUUCUGAAGAUACGUCUGCUGAAACAAGUCUACAGUGGAGGGAAGAGGACGACUUCCAGAUGUCUGCUGGGGUGUCUCGCUCUUCUCUGUCUUCUCCUGUUGGUGGGAAUCAUUAGUGUCAUGAUCCUGUAUGUGCAGACUGUAGCUGCUCUGAGGAAGCACAAUUCCACCUCUGAGAUUCAACAGAAGGAGGCGAAGUGUCAUGAGUCCGCAAGUCUUCAUAGAGAAUAUGAAGAGCUGCUGGACAGAUACAGGGCACUGACAGAGAGCAAGGACCAGCUUGUGAGCGACCACAGCCUCCUGCAGAGACACAACAGUGAGCUGCAAACUCAUCUGGAGACACUGAGGGAGGACCGAGUGCUGAUGGAGAGCAAUUACUCUUCACUGAGGUGCGAAAAGGAUCGGCUGCAGAGCGGGUUCGAUUCCCUGCAUCACCUGAGAGAGCAGCUUCUCACCAGCAACAGAAACCUCACCUCACAGCUCAGCGGCUCCAAGUCAAGUUUCAGCAGUCUGAGACGUGAACAUGAGCAGCUACUGAGGAACUGCUCUGCUCUGAAGGACCAGUUAGCCAGCAGAGCCAGUCUGGAUCUGACCGGGCCGUUGGCAAAUGAGCAGCUGAAAACCAGCGAGGAAAUUCAAGGUCUCAAGCUCGAUUACGACCACGUCCUUAGGGACAGAGCUCACCUCCAGAAGGAGUUGGACAAGAUGGCUAUCAAAGUACAAGGCAUGCGCUGCCAGGCUGGAUGGAGAAAGUUCAACACCAGCUGCUACUUUAUUUCCAUGAGCCGCAGAAACUGGACGGAGAGUCGGAGAGACUGUCUGGCCAAGGGAGGGGACUUGGUGGUGAUUGACAGUGAGGAGGAGCAGAUGUUCGUCAGCACCCUGCUUGACGUCUCCCAGAACUCCUGGAUCGGCCUGACUGACAGCACCGCAGAAGGAGCCUGGAUUUGGGUGGACGGGUCGCCAGUCACCACAGAGUUCUGGCAGCCCGGCCAGCCCAACGACUGGAAACAGAACCAGGACUGUGGAGAAAUCACACGCUCCUCAUCGGAAGGUCGGGGAGAAUGGAACGACGACGGAUGUUUUGCCGAGCAACUCUGGAUCUGUGAGAAAUGAGGGGCCCCCUCUGGUGGUCGUAAUCUCACGUCUGGAAGUCGAAACCCUCUGCCAGCUUUAGUUUUGAGCACUCAAAUAAUUAAAAAUUCACAAGGCUACAACGUCACAAACACAUUUGCAUGUUAAGUAUUGCAGGACUCUCAUCACGAAACGUCCUGAGGAAAUGUUUGUGUGAAGCUGCUGCGCUAAUAGUUUAUUAAUGGUAUCAACUCUGCACCGUCUGUUUUUCAUACGAGUGUGAGACGACAGAGCCUCACAUUCCCGGACCUUUACGUCAGCAACAUUAGCCACGGAGGAAAACGGCUUCAUCUUUUUAUGGUAAAGUAAGUGACUUGGGUCAGUGAAGCUCAGUUGAGUCUUCAACUGGUGAAGAAAGAGCUGAGCCAGAAGACAGAGCUCUCCACUCACUGCUGUGUUUCUCUUCUCACUUGUGGUCACCAGCUUUGGAGUGACCCACAGAACAAGAUGAUCUCAGUCUGAAAGUCAUUCAGUCAUUCAGGAGAGACACAGAGGAGAACCUCUUCUGCUGGACAGUUGUUCCCGGACUAUUGAGGUGUUGAACUGGGGGGGAGCCCCCGUGCAGACGCAUCUGCAGUAUUUUGACGCCUCAUGUGGUUCCUCAAGGAAAGUGGGUCAUUUCUUUUAUUUUUGCAGCGAAAGUGAAAGUUAAACCCAUUCAUCAGUCUGAGCGAGUCUGCCUGGAGUCCAUAGUGACUCGUUCAGAUGCGUGCGUUUCUACAAGUCAGGACUGAGUCUGAUUCUCUUGCUCAAUAGUUUGCACAUGGACUCCCCUAAGUCCCUUUUUCUGAGUUUGCUCAUCCUUGUGCACGAGUCAACACACACAAACACACACAUUUAAAUGAUAUAUUCUCUCUGACUCAACACGUCAUAUCAGGCACUAGACAACAACACUUGAUCUGGAAUGAAAUCACUCUUGCCGAGUCGCGGGAUGAGAGGACUCUCUGACUCGCAAAUGGAACAAGUUCCUACCUCCCUCUAGUGGACCUAAAUUAGUCUACAGUAUAUGAAGCUGUAUUUGGAUACGCAGCUCUGUGACUCAUGGGUUAAUGAUUGAGGUUUUGUAGAGAUGUGAAGCCACUGGGGAACAAAUGAAUCAUCCCUGGGAUUUGUUUUUAUGAACCAUUCACCACUUAAUGACUCUUGCUGACUGGAUCUCCUGCCAUCAAACAUGUUCACUGGAGUGUGGACCCUCCGCCCCGCACCGCUGAAGCCCUGAAUCUCCAGGCGGAUCUGUGGUUGCGCCCGGGUGUGGCAUGGUGGCUUUGAGCGCCGGCGUUAUUAGCAGGAGCCAUUAAUUGGCUGGAGUCUCCUCCUCCACCACAGUGCUGAUUUCAGGCCCCAAAAAAAGUAUGUGGUCGCGGUCUUGGAGCGUUCGCGGUUAGUGAGGACACACUCUGGUCUGGAAGAUGGAAAAAUGUCUGUCAUAGUUGAGUAUGAAGUCAUUGGAGUCGGAUGGUUUCAGUGCUAACAGCUGAAAUAGAACUAGAGGCAGCAGCUGGAGCGGAGCUCGAUAGCAUUAGCGCUAAAUGCUACGUUCAUGAAAGGCAUGUAGUUUUAUCAAGUCUUUAGUUUUGAUCCGGUCACAAGCACGUAGUCAUGAAAGCCUCCCAACAGCACAAACCAUCCACCAUCCAUGUCUGAUAGCUAGUCGGGGGAGGGGGAGAGUUGCGGUGUAGGUUUCAGACCGAACGACACGCACGCCUUAUUGCUGCAUCUUCAAUAAUGAAGCUGCCCCGCGGGGGGCGCAUGCCAGUGUAUUUACACCGAGAUAAACAAGUCUGAUUCCAGAACAUUACCUUUGGCUCCUCUUUAAUAAAUCACAUUAGCAGGCAGGAAGAGUGGCGUGUGCCCCCCUCCCCCGCUGCGGCUGUUUUCCUCUAACCCUGCACGAGAGCGCGGCUCCCCGGGCAGGAAGCGGAUGAGGGGCCGUUAUCAUUUUGGCAGGGCUCCCGCGUGAACCCCAAGGCCCCUCGUCCAUAUUCAUCAGCGGCGUAUACGUCCAGUCCUGAGCUGCUGGCCAGGCGGAGGAAGGUGAGCCGACCUGACAGCCCGGCCAAUUAGACCUCUCCGAGGUGUGAGUCUCUCUCUGCUCUGCUCUGCUCUGAGAGGAAACACAUUUACCAGUCUGCCAAAACAUUAUGACUGCUUUCUCUUGUUGCUGCAGUGAAACACUUGCCAAGUCAAGACAGCCACGUUUUAACAGAACACAGACUGAGACAGUGCUUUACCCUGGCGGCUGCCAAACAUGAGGUCUCCUGGGUCCACCCCGGGACCUCCUCCCAGUUCAGCACUCUCUAGUCCUGGAGAUGUUUUGAUGAGCCACCGUGACUGUCCUCUCCAGGAGCAGCAGAGGUUCUCCUCUGAGUCUCUCCUGGAUGACUGAGCUUCUCUCUCUCAGAGAGUCCAGGCAGAGAAGCUCUUGUUCUCUGGGUCAGCUCUUUCUUUGCCUCCUGAUUGAAGCCAUGUCAGUGAUUUACUUUGAAUGACUCGAAGAUUUCAGAUUCUGACUCCAAAGCCAUCUCACUGACGGCACUGCACCGAUUCUUCCCUCAGGACAUCCCACCCCUCUCUUGACUGUGAACCACAAUCUGGAAAGAGAGCAGCGGAUCUUCAUGUCGGCUGCGUCCCAUUCAGUUCAGUCCCGUUCCAUUGAGAAUUAAAGGUCUUCUAUAAAUCCAAGGCCCAGCAGAGUUUGAGUCCCGCAAACAAUGACUUCUCGCUUCACGACCAUCUCCAAAGUGUUCUGUAUGUGUAUGUCAAAGCGUGUGCUUGGGAACUGGUUUCCGCUCACUGGUGACCGGGUCACGACCUCGGCCACACCUUCAUCCAACACGGGGAAAAACUAAUUCCCGCUAAUGGACUUUAAAUGUGAAAAUGUUGUGCUAGCAAAGAGCUGAGCUCAGCUCCAGAGGUCGAGCAUCAGGCAAAUGGAAAACAGCCAUAUUCCGCCCCUCGUCCAUCUUCCAUAAAUCACUGCUGAGCUGCCGAGUCCUCGUCACCGCUGUCUGACGGUGCAUUACGACCGUGUCCUCAGCCACGGCUGUAAUUACUGGCUUUGCCGUGGAAAGUAUAGUUCAAACCACGUAAAAGCUGUCAGUCAGGGAUGGAAUUGCUCCAGCAGGGGGCGACUCUCUGGGAUAACAGUUUAUCUGAAACAGAUGUAUAAGUAUUUCCGUCGUUUUAAUCCUUUCAAUCUGCCAUGCAGCUUCUCUCUCAAGUCGCUUCGUACCACUCUUUCAUUUAACAUUAUGACCACCACCUGAAUGUUGUGUUCCUCUCCUGUAACCAGAGAGGAUCCGAGUCCGUCCGAGUGAAUACUGAAAGUGAUUCGAGUUAAUGGCUCACAAUGAUCCUUGAGUCUACUGUUUGUUGUGACCACACCACAAACUAGCUUCCUUCACUUCCUGUUUUGGCGGCUGGCAUUUUAAUGUCCGUCCCUGUUUUGUGUUUACAGGACUCGGACCUGCUUUGGGUGGAUUUCAGGUGACCAGGUGAUUCCAUGACUCUGCUGAACUUCCUGUUUACACGUUUCUGGGAUUGAAUGCUUUCUGUCCUUGUGGGGAGUUAUCGCUGAUGAUGAUGUGGAGGAGUUUGAGGAGUUUUCCUGUCGUGUGAUGUCCAACAUUGCUGUUGGACUCUUAGUUUAAGGAGUCAGAACCACUUCCUGCCAUCAGAGGAACGUAUGACUCACUUUUUCAGAAACUUCACAACAAACCACCUUGGUCUGCUCUGAGGCUCCAUGACUCAUUGGCAGUGAAUCUGAGUCGGCGGAAAACUAGACUCAGGGGUUCAGGAGUGCUGGAGGCGGCUGAAGUGCACACCAGGGACAUGAUGACGCAGUAAUCGCGAGUCUUGUUUCUGCCUACGUCACCGACACAGACUCUGGAAAAGCGUCUCUUCUCCGUAGCUCAGAAAAAAGCCCGGAACGUUGGCUCCGUCUUGAGAUUUGGGCCAACAUUAAUAAAACAGGUCCCUGCGGCUUCUGUCUGCAGUAACACUGUAAUUAAAAUUCACCUCCAGAACCCAGCAGGAUGGCGGGCCCUCCAGGGGCCCACCAGCCCGUGGACGAUAAUCAUUUAUAAUUAACGCUCAGCCGGGUCCUGCAUUCUCCGGUUCUCUCGCGCCGUCCUUGCUAGUCUGCGACAGCAGCUUCCCAUCUGAGGACGCUAAACAACUCAAUUAAAGCUGCCCGGCCGGAUCAGUGCCAGGCGGGCUGAAGUCUGCCUGCUGAUCUGUGGCGGAGCGGCCCUGUCGGCUGACAAGGUUUGUGGACGAGGCGGGAUGUCACAAGUCCUAAGUAGCUGUCGGGUUCAGUCAGGGGUGGAGUGGUGUGUUGCAGGAGCUGUCUGGUUUCACUCUGAGGAAGAGGACACGAUGACGUGAACGGCUGAGGAUCCGCCUCCUUGGUGAGUCCAAGUGAAACAUCAGUGUGCUGGUUUCUGUGAGAGCUCCGAUCUCCGGCUCUCACAUCCUUCACCUUCAUCCUCCUCCAUUCUCACCUCCGUCAUCCCGAACCUCUUCUUCUUCUCCAACUCUGUCUCUCCUCUCCUUUGUCUCCAAACUUCUCCACAUCCCUCUGAUAGACUCACUUCUGAUCUUCUCUUUUAUAGUCCCUCACUGACAACCUCAUGGUCUUCAUCUCUGACCCUGCCUGCACGCUCUUCAUCACCUCCUUUUGCUCCUACGCUCACUCUCGUAGACUGACCCCAAGAUAUUGUAUGGCUUCACCCCUUCAUCCUCACUCUUCCUCGCCCUCCCCAAUUUAACCACAACACAAAGCGAGUGACUUCCGCAUAUGAAGAUGACUGAGGACAUUUUAGGAGGAAGGACAAGUGUAGCUACAUUUUUUUACAUCAACUGAGGAUUCAAUCGAGGAUAUGAGCAACGGUUGUAUAGUAUUGUCUUGAGGUUUUUGUUUCAGUUUUCUUCUUGUACAAGCUUUCCACAGAGAACCGCGUGGACGCAGCAGGCUAUUGUGAGUCAAUAAUCUUCACUGCCCUCUUCUGCAGUCAAGCCUCCUCAUCAUCCUCGCUGAAGUUCACUCAGGCAAGACUCGCCAGAAGCUUGUUUCAUGGCGUAUAGUGCCACACAUCACUUCAGCUGGAAGCACGCUGACUCUGACUCUUUUUGGGAUCCACCUGGGGUCCAGCCGUGUGGAAGCGCCAGCAGACUCUUGAGAUAGCUCAGUGCCAUGACUGGUCCAACGUGACCUCGCUCUGCGCUGCAUGUGGCCUGGGUUAAUUGAUCGACCUUUGACCCCUUCUUCGCUCGCUGGGUGUGCAGUUGAGGCGUCACGGCGCCAGAGAACCUGCCCAAGGACACGUCCCUCAUUAUAGAACUCUCCCCGAGUCUAAUGAGCAGGAGUCAGAAAUCCUCACGCGAAGACGACACUCUCUCCCUUGUUACUGAACUGCUUUUUAAAAACAAGUGGCAGCUUGUUGCUCUCACCACAGAGAGUCAACAGGAGAAAGACAGGACCUUUGUCAUUAUCACCGCCAUUUAAACCACCAUUAGAAGAAAAGAAAAUCAUGAAAAAGUCAGUGGUUGAAUGAAAAUAUCAUUGGGAAUAUAGAAAGAACAUCAACCUGAUGAGAUGAAACAGAUGGAAAACUAAAUACAUUGACCCUUGUCUGUGCAGAAAAUAAAAUAUGAAACAGUGGGGAACAGGCGUCAAAGAACAACUUCAGUCAACCAUAAAAUAAUUUAUAUAGUAACCACUUAUUUAAAAGCAAGAAAGAAAGGAAAACAGCCAAUAAAGAUGCCCAAACCUUGACCUCAGAGAGUGAAACCACUUGGCAGUGAAGAGACACCAGGGACAGUCCAAAUGGAAAGUGUCACAUGAGAAAAAGACAAAAAUAAAUAAUAAACUCAAGUUGCAGUAUAACAAUUGCAUUUUAUCAGAUUUUUAUUAUUCUAAAGGCAAUUUGAUUUCAUAAAGGGCCACAUUAGAAACCGUAACUGUAACUGGCCAUUAUCGAAAGAAAGUCAGCGAUGACUACAAAACAUGAUGGAAAAAUAUCCAAACUAUAUACUUGAGUAACAAGGACAAAAUGAACCUGAAAGGAUUAAAUAUAAGUAAUGAUAUUAAGAAGUGUAAAUAUGCCAUGAAACCUCAUGAAAUAUUUCAUUUUAUAUGCAUUUAAUUUGAAUAUAAAUCAACUUAACUAUGGACCAGACGUUCAAGAUAAAGAGGCAAUUUAUUUCAAAAUAUAUUUUCAAUCUCUCUUUAAUGUAUUUUGAGGAACAAGAAAAACACUUAAAAAUGGCCAAUGAAAAGAAGAAAAUUAUUGUCUUCAAACAAAAACAUGCAAUAUUUACUGCUGAAGUGGUGGUGGUGGUGGUGACUAAAAGUGAAGAACUAGUUCAGCGUUCAGAGAACACAGACCUCUGCCAGGCAGCUUCUUCAACACAAUCCAAAUGCUUGCUGAAAACGCCUGGAUCCACUCGCUGAGCCGGGUCCCUCCCAGAACUGAAUCAUUUGUUCCUUGUCCCAAACUUUCAUCCGAAACCGUCUAUAGGUUUCUGUGUUAAUUUGAAGCAACGCUGUUGUAAACAUGACCUCUGAGGUGAAAAUGAGGGAGGAAAGAGAGCAACUAGCAACUUGUGAUGUGUAUCAUUUGCUGCUUGGAAACUGUGUCAAAGGUCGUUCUUGUCUGUUAAAGUGUGUGAAGUCUUUUUUUUCUCUUCUGCUCGUCUUCAGUAUCACAUAAUCCGUCCUUGAGGUUCUGGACCCGACAGAUCGGCUGUUGUGUUUCCUGUCCUUGUUUUGGAAGCGUCUCCAGGCUUGGUCGCGAGGUGAGACCACGUGGAAAGAGUUUAGUCUCCUUGGCAUGGAACUCUGACGGCCUGCAGUCAUAACAGCCGUCGCCUGAGGCGAGAUGAUAUCAGCAGUGUUCCAGAGCGUGUCCGCAGCCCACAUGUCUCCUCGCUUCUUCUUCAGACACUGCCCCUGCUGGUGGGCGUUUGAAACAUGUGGAACAUCAUCUCUUCAAGUUUACAUGGAUCAGAAAUGCAGAAACGCUCUUCACAGCUCAUAUACUCCACGUCCCAUAAAGCACUGCAGCAGUUGAGAGUUAAAUUCUUGUGAAAAAAAAAUAAGGAAACAAUUUCAACAUGAAACUUUUCCUUAUAAUCGUUCUAGCUUGAUGAAGUGACCUGAAGGUGGCACAUCAGGAAGCAUCAUGACAGGAGGACUGGUGAGGUCACGUGGCACACAUUGAUCUUGUCAACCAAAGAGCGCUCCUCGGUCUCCCUCCAGAGGUGUUGGACUCGCUCCUUGCGCUCGUGCGUGUCAUCAGAUUCUGCAUCAGCAUUCAACAGAUUCCUGUUGUGCCUCUGCAGCAGGGGUUCAGACAAGGUUCCUCACGCUCUCCGGGGCUCAAGAAAGCCAACGUAAAUAGGCAUCUGGACGGAUCACAGACGGCGGCGCUCCACCGGCAUAAAAAGACAUGAAAGAGCGCGGAGUGCUGCUCUGACCUCAGCUGUUCAGCCAGAUGUGGGAGGGAGACAGAAAAGGCCUUCAGUGACUGAUGCGGUUUCACACAGACGUGAAAAUGCCUCUCAACAUGAGCUUACAUCGUCGGCACCGUGGUCGUCGCCGAAAGCUUAAACCCCAGAGUGCAACCUUCAGCCAGAGUGACCACAGUCGUGAAGCAGAACGCCACAUGUUCUGGCGAUGGCAAGACACACAACUGUUCCACGCGACAGCUCCAACUGCCCAGUCAUCCAGGGGGACUCAGAGUAGAGCCAUGAGGAGAAGUGGCGCACGAGGAGGUCUGUGGACAUGAGAGGUUCAAACUGGAAGGAACUUUAGAUAAAAUAAUUCACAUAUUUUUUUAUUGAAAGAUUAAAUGUGUUUCAGUUCAUUUUGGCUGCAGACAACUCCGUAAAGAUACCAAACUAGUUAGUAAAUUGUCCUCACUAGCUAGCUGUGCUACAAGGAUCUGUUAGCUUGAAGAGAACUUCAGCGGAAAAUAUUGUAACGUUUCGUGUGAGCAGUGAUUCAUACAGCCAUGAUGAACGGUGGGACUGAAACUCACACCAAGGCGAUCGACACAUUUGAAUAUUGCAGCCUCAGAAUUGCUGAGUCAGUGAGACGUGUAGUGCGUGUUGGCCAAAGUGACAUCCUUGUUUGACCCACUGUCUUGACAGCGAGAUGAUGCAGCGUGUUUCCUGCAGCGGAGCCGACAUAACUGAUUCCUCCUCUCCGUUCUCUGGCCCAGAAAACGGCAGCCAGACACAAUGUUCCACAGCCACAACGACAAAACCAGACUCCUGUCAGUGUGUGUGUGUGUGUGUCCCAAACAUCCUCCCAGAAACUUCCUGUUGACCCACUUCAGCUGCCGCUGUGGGACAGGCUGUAACUGCAGGUCAGAUCACAUGUAGUGCGUUCGACACAAACAGUGUUUGGGUUAUUGUUCGGUGUGUGACUCCUCAGGGGGUUUAGAGCUGUUUUUGGGGCGAGUCCAGAAGCUCAGUGACGACACUCACUUUCAGUUUCCACUGCUGUUUUCCUGCUCUCUUCCUUCUUGAAUCACCUGCUUCACCUGACUUGGAGUCUCUUUGAAUCAUGUUGCGAGUCUGACACCGCAGACCCACAAGGUGAAACGGGUCGACAGUCUUCGACCCACACCAGGACUCACUCAGAACCUCAGUCACUUUUGUCCUUAAGACUGAUGGCGAGCAGCUUUGAGUCACACUGUGACUCAGUCUGUACUUGAGUCUCCUGUCAAAUGACUCAAGUCCUUUGGUCAGUUUCAGUCAGCCACUGACCAACCGAGUGCUCCAAGUGAAUGAGUCACAGAUGUGACUCACCAGCACACAAUAGGGAGUCGAAGAGGAGUUGUAGUGUUGAACGCCAUCUGGUGGCCACUUUAAUCGCCUGGGUGGAUCUGAAAAUAUUGGGAACUGGACGAACCAGACGGAAGCUGAGCAGAGGCUCUGCUGUUGUCUCCCAAACCAAGGUGACUUUCUUCAUUCCUUAAGUCUGCCUGGUUGCAGAGACACGUCUUCUGUGUGAGGUGUGAGACGUCCGUCGGCUCAGUUUGGGAUCCAGUGGACCGUCGGAGCAGCAGCAGUCUGUUUGGACAGAGACAGCUGAUCCAGGCGCCUGGUGAGCAGCGCGGCGCUGUUUGUUGUGACAGCAGACCGCUGCGUGUGUGUGUGUGUGUGUGGAUGAAGUCACAGCUCCAGUCACGUCAGGGAAAACUAGCACGAGCCAUCGAUGUUCUCCUGCGAACCCAAACUGUCUCUGGUCUCCGUAGAGUCAGAUGAAACAGUUCAUCACAACUGUACAAUGAUGACGACAAAUGUGUGUUCAUCCCUGAGAAACAUAUUUCAUUAUGACCAUGAAAUGACCGUAAAAACAACCAGAAUUGGAGCAGUUUCCCGGAGACUAUGUGGAGUCCACCACAGCAUGAACGCUCUUCUCUGCUCCGGCUUCCUGUGUUCAGCGACUCGGUCGGAGUGGAAAAAAAGGCCUGACCUCUGACCCCCUGAGCUGGUCCACACUUGAGCGAGUGUGUGUGUGUGUGUGCAUGUGACAGCGAGGGGUUAACCAAAGAAUGCUGGAGCUGCUGGUUUCUGGAUAAUUGAGCCAUUUGUAGCGAGGUCAGAGCGGAGCAACCCCCGCCCCCCUCCACUGAGCCCCUCCCAUCGCAGAGCUAUCAGCAGCCUUGACCACAGCCACUUCAGGGGACGACGGUUUCCCAACAUCUUUUCCUCAGCUGGGCAAAUGUGUCAAUGGACUUCA